GUGACUGCAUUUGUUUCAGUGCAAAAGGGUGUUACAUUGGUUGGCCGGGGCGUUUCCGAGCAUCGUCCGAAAAACCUCAUACUCCACCGUACAACAACAAUUUCCAACGUCAGAAUAACGCCUCCAAUUUUAUCUUUCCUUAAAACCCGUUUCCCUCACGCGCGCCAGCUCAUGACGUGCUCCACUACUACAACCAUUACACUGUCAUCACUACUACUCACUUUACCCCCAAAAUUCAGUCUCUCUUUUCCAUUUCACUCUCUUACUCUCUUUCUGACUUCAUUUUCUUCUAUACUCUUCUAUACUACAUUUCGGUUUCUGCCUUUCAGGGAUCUACCAACACCUUCAUUCAUAUUCUUUACGCAACUCACCACCCCACCAUUGUGUUUUUCUUCUUAUAGCUUUUUUCAAUUCACUUUCGAUCAUUUCCGCAACUUGCUGUCUUUUUUCGACGUCCGCACAACAUGUCGUCAACUUCUCUUUCCAUUCUCUUUGCUUUUCUUCACUUGCUGCUUUACUCCUGCUCAGCGAAGUUGGGUUCUAUGAGUCCGUCGUUUGCUUCGUCCAAACUAGCUGAAGUGUGGAUGGUUAAACCUUUUUCUAGGUCAUCUUCUGAUCCUGCGUCAUCUCCAUCUAUUGAAGGACCGAUAAGAUACCCUCACCAUCACAGUCAACGCCAUCAUAGGAAUUAUUUUGCUGUGGCUCCUUCCCAAAGCCAAGCAUGUGGCCUAAGCUGUGAAGAUCCACUCACAGAAACUCCCUUUGGUUCACCUUGUGGUUGUGUACUUCCCAUGAGUGUCUUACUUUUACUGGAUGCAGCUCCUUUGGUUGUUUAUCCGUUAAUUAAUGAGUUAGAGAUUGAACUUGCAUCUGGAACAUAUUUGAAGCAAAGCCAGGUAAGGAUAAUGGGUGUUAUUGCUGACAAUCAAAAUGAAGGAAAAACCUUAGUUGACGUUAACCUGGUACCACUUGGUGAGAAGUUUGACAAUAUAACUGUGGUUCUGAUAUCCCGGAGAUUUUGGCACAAGAAAGUUCCUCUAAGCAAGAGUCUUUUUGGUGAUUACACAGUCUUGGACACUACUUAUCCAGGGAUCCCAUCAUCUCCGCCGAAUGGAACAUCAACUGGGAGUGCUCCCCUUCCUAGUGGAAGUGCUGCAGAUCUCCCAUUCAGUGUCAACUUUAACGGCAGCAGCAAGAAGGAUGAAAUGACUCUUAGAAUCAUAAUCACUAUUGCUAUAUCUUUCAUCUUACUCUUGCUGGGCAUGGUUGGAGGAGCAUUUUACAUCAUUUUUAAAUGGAGGAAAGUCGGGAGACCAUCAAGUGCGGCUGGUCUGCCAUUCACAUCGUCUCUAAUCAAUAGAUCUGACAUGGAGUCUACAUUGUCUAGCAGAAUGACAAGCUCGAGAUCAAUGUCCCAUAUGUCCACCAUAGCUACUUCUGCUCUUUCUGUGAAAAGGUUUUCUCUUUCUGAGCUUACGAAAGCAACAGAUACAUUCAGUUCACAAAGAAUAUUGGGGGAAGGAGGAUUUGGGCGCGUUUAUGGUGGGAGAUUGGAUGAUGGAACUGAUGUUGCAGUUAAGGUACUAACGAAGGAUUUUCAUCAAAAUGGAAACCGUGAAUUUAAUGUGGAAGUUGCGAUACUAUGCCGUUUGCAUCAUCGUAAUCUUGUGAAACUAAUCGGUAUAUGCACAGAAGGGCACAAACGAUGCUUGGUGUAUGAGCUUGUUCGCAAUGGCAGUGUCGAGUCUCAUUUGCAUGGUGUUGAUCAGAUAAAUAACCCUCUGGAUUGGGAAGCACGGAAAAAAAUUGCCCUUGGAGCUGCGAGAGGAUUAGCCUAUCUUCACGAGGAUUCUAAUCCUCAUGUAAUCCACCGAGACUUUAAAACUGGCAACGUGUUGUUAGAAGAUGACUUCAACCCCAAGGUUUCUGAUUUUGGAUUGGCAAGAGAAGCAACUGAAGGAAGUCAAUCUGCUCCUACAAGAGUCAUGGGGACUUUUGGGUAUGUCGCCCCAGAAUAUGCAAUGACAGGAAAUUUGCUUGUUAAAAGCGAUGUUUACAGUUAUGGUGUCGUGCUGCUCGAACUUCUAACAGGAAGAAAGCCAGUGGACAUGUCUCAACCUGUUGGAGAGGAGAAUCUCGUGGUAUGGGCACGUCCAUUGUUGAAAAGUAGAGAGGGUUUAAAACAGCUGGUGGAUCCGACAUUGGCUGGAACUUAUGACUUUGAUGAAAUGGCAAAAGUUGCUGCCAUUGCUUCAAUGUGUGUAAGCCGGGAGGUCACUCAGAGACCCUUUAUGGGUGAAGUUGUGCAGGCUCUUAAGUUGAUAUACAACGACAACAACGAGAUGGACGUGGAUCACUUCAGUCCGAGGGAAUCUUCUGGUCGAGGGUCUGAUUUUAGAGUUGAUCUUUCUGAUAGCAGUUGGUGGUAUGAUGAGCCUGAAGAUAUUUCCGGUCGACUAACUUUUAGGCAAGCAUUAUCGCCGUCCUUCAUCACAAUGGAUUACAGUUCCGGUCCACUUGAUGAAAUGGAAAACAGAAUGUUUUCAGGUUCAAACUUGAUGGAAAAUGAUCUGUCUUUGUUACCAACUCGACUCGGCAAUAGAUCAGGUCCCUUGAGAACUGCUAGAAGAAACAAGCUACCCUUUCAUAGGCUUACUGGAAGUCAGAGUGAUCAUGCAGCAUUUCCUUCCAAGCCUGUUUGGAAUGGAGGUUACCGGCCUUGAGGUUUCUUCUAGUGUUUUUGGUAAAUAAAUAAUCAUAUAGUUUUCUUGUUUAGAUUGGAGAUAGAGGAUGGUGGCUUCUAGUUUUAAUUGAUCGAGUUUACAUUAUACAGGGAGGUACUUUGAACCGUAUUUGGCGUUAUAAAAUAUAGACUAUAGUUUAGACA